CGACAUUCUUUUUGCAGCUCUACUGCCAAUUUCGUCGGAGAAAAAAAAGACAAAACGUAUAAAAAUCAAAAAGUGUACGUCCGUUUGCAGCGACAAGUGACUAAAGUGGAGUGUUUGCGCCACUCUAUACAAAAUGGCUGACGGCAUUGCGUUAAACCAAGCAGCAGCAGCAGACAAGCGAAUGGGCGCUCCGCUGGACGACGGGCCGCCCGGCGUCGAUGGCAAUGAUGCGAGUGAAAAAAACGAGGAGGCCGCUGCCGCUAUCGACGGCGCCGCAGCGCAGCGCGCAUCAUCACGCAAGAGCAGCAAAAGCAAAUCAACGUCACGUCGACGUUCAACAUCACGACGACGCUCAAAUUCGCGCCACGGUGCCUCAUCACCUCCACCCAUGCGUCGCCGACGCUCACAUUCAUCUCGUUCCCCAACACCUCCGCCCGCGCAUCGCCGCGGUCGCUAUGAUUCGCCGGAAUAUGGUCGCUAUCCGCCACGACGUCGAUUCGAUCGACGCCGCUCGCCGGAUCGCGACCGUGAUCGUCGACGCUCGCCACCACGUCGUGGUCGUGGUCGUUAUGGACGCUCCCGAUCUCGUUCACGCUCCAGAUCACGUGGCGGCCGAGGCAUGAGUCCGUCAUCGCGCUGGUCACCCAAAAAGAAGCCGGCAUCGCCGCCAAUGCCAGCGCCACAGCCACAACUAACACAUCCAGCCCAAGCCGCCGGCUAUGGCGUCAUGCCUACGGCGAUGUAUGCUCCGGGACCGUAUGGUGCGCCCGAUGUGUAUGGUCAUCAGUAUGGAAUGGCACCGCCAAAUGCGUUCACGCAGCAAGGACCGCCCCCAGGCUAUGGAAUGCAGGGCCCGCCGCCCACGCAGGCGACUGACUUCAAUACGGGCUAUGGAGCCUGGGGUGUUAAUGAAUAUGGACAGCAAGUAUGGCUACCGCAGACGUUAGCAACCGUGCCUCAAGCAGCGCCAGAUGUCAUGGGACAGCAGCCACCACCGCAGCAACAACAACAACAGCAGCAGCCGCAACAACAACAGCAGCUGCCGCCACAAUCGGGCAUUAUGGAGGAGCAGCAAGCAGCAGCACCGGCGCUUGAGGGCGCAGGUUUGCCACCACAAGAUGCUGUGGCCCAGGAAGCGGAGAAUCAAAAGGAGGAGCUGAAGAAGCAACGCACCAAUUACGUGAAGAAGGUAUCGCUGUUGAAGAAGGAAAUGAAAGUGCUGAAGGAGCAACAUGAUGAUUUAACAGCUGGUGAGGCGCCACCAUCGCCAACCACUAAGAAUUUCAUUGAGGAAAACGAUCGUCUGCAGGUACAAAUCAAAAAGAAAUUGGAUACCAUUGAAAAUGUCAUCGACAUGUUGAGCGGCAUCAUUGGUGAUGAGGAGGCCGACGAGGAACACGAGGAGACGCCUAAAAGCGAACCAGGUCCAGCGGGCACAAAAAGCGGAAAUGCGGCUGCAACUUCCACAACGAGUGAAAGCUCUGGCGACAGCUCCGAUUCGAGUUCGUCUUCAAGCAGUUCCUCGGAAUCAUCGACGGAUGAGGAGGGUGAUGAGGAGAACGGUAAUGGCGAUGGCAGUCCAACAAAUCGUCUCAAGAAUCGAGCGAUGAAGUCGAUGAAAGCAAAACAGCGACAAGCUGAGGCUACAGCCAAGACAACGGUAUCUCAAACCCAAAGUUACAAUUAUGUAUUUUUCGAUUCGGAGAAAUAUUGGUGUGAGAGCUGUAGCGUGUUCCCAAAGACGGCACGCGACUAUCUUAAGCAUCUGCACGCCGAAGAGCAUAUGAAUCGCGAGACCAUGGAGACACCUUGGCAUGUGGGCAUUGAUCACGAUCCCUUCCCUACCAUCGAGAAGGCGCCGACAAUGCGUGUGCCAGUUCGUGGCCUACAAUUUCUGGUGCCUGCCAGCGCCUGGUACUGCAAAUUGUGCAGUGUCUGGAUUGGUGACUUGCACUGCGCCUCAUUGCAUCUCAGGUCCCGCACUCAUGGCAGCAAAUACGAUGCGUUCGUUAAAAAGCAGAUAAACUAUGAAAGCGAAUGGCUAAGCAAACGUGAGCGGGCACAACAGCAACAGCAGAAGGAGGGCGAGGAGGCGAAGCUCAAAAAGGCCAAGAAGGAUGAAGAUAAAACAACCAAGAAGCGCAAAAAGAAGAGUGGCGAUAAAAAGAAAAAGAAGCGCAAGCAUAGCAAGAAGCACAAGCGGAAUGCGAAUAGCACAUCUUCAUCAACGGACAGUUCGUCAUCAGAUGAGGGCGAAGAUGGGCAGUCAUCAAAGAAAGCGGAAGCUGCGCCGGCAGCCAAUGCCGCCUCGAUACGUGUAGCAAUGCGUAAGCAGGAGGCACCCAUCGUUGGCAAGCCGGAGGUGGUUGCUCAGCAAGUCGAGGCACCGCCGCCGCCCAAUAUUAAGGAUACGCUUGGCACAAGCGAGCGCGGCAGAUGGACACAAGCGUCGGGCGGCAAUGAUGCGAAAGUGGAGGACGAGAAGAAGCGCGACGAAGCGAUGAUGCAGCAAUGGAACACGGUGCAGCCGGUGAUUAGUGAGAGUGAGAAGAAACUGCUCGAGCAGCUUAAGGGCAAGCUGAAAGGAAAGCCGCGCCCCACGGAGGAGCGAAAGAACGCAUUUGCGGUAGCUGAUGAGAAAGCGAGUCGACGCAACAACUCCAAGCGACGCAGUCCCUCGCCGCGAAGUGGCAGCCGCGGUCGCUCUGAUCGUGAUCGACGCGACAGGGAUCGGGAUCGUGAUCGCGAAAGGGAAAGAGAACGUGAUAGAGAUCGUGAACGCGAUCGCGGCCGUGAUCGUGACCGAGAGCGUGAACGUGACCGUGAUCGCAGGCGCUCGCGUUCCAGAUCACGCAGCCGUACACGCAGGAGGAUCUCGCGUUCGCCAGUGCGUGGAAACAAUCGACGCAGUCGCUCACGGGAUGCACGCUGGCGUCGCAGUCGCAGCCAUUCGGAGGAGCGCGUGGAACGGCCCGUGGUUAAGCAUUCCGAGUUCCGGCCACGCACGGUGCCCGAACGCAAACCGAGCGAGGUGAAGCGGGACAAAAAGGACGUGACCGCGAAGCCCAAGUCAAGCAAGACAAGCACCACAGCGAGCACAACAGCAGCGGCUGGCGGCAAGAAGUUGCCGUUCAUUGGCAAGAUGCCCGUACUUAAGAAGCAGCCGCCUCCCGCAACGACUGCGUUGACGGCAGCCGGCUACAAUGAGGCGGGCAUCUAUACCAAUGGCGGCUCAGUGGAUGGCAUGGGCGUGGCUCCGCCGCCACCACCUCCACCGCAGAUGGGCAUGGCGCCGUCGUCAGUGCGUCAGAAUGCCCCAACAGCGGCACAAAUUCAAAUGGCCAUGAUGGAGGAUGCCUUUGGCAAUGCGCCACCGUUUCAUCCCGACGCUGGCAUGAUGAUGGACUACGAUGAACUGAUGCCCGAUCCUGUGCAGUUUGCCAACCUCAUUACCCAUUGUCCGCCACCACCGCCACCUGGCGAAAGUACAAAUGCAGACGGUUCGGAUGGUCUCGAUGGUGAUCAGUUGGGCAACGAGGACCAUGGCGAAGAGGAUGUACUACCGCCGGGCAUUGACGAGGUCGAAGCAGAUCUGGAACCGCAGCCAUUGGUGACUGGCGCCCCAUCACAGGGCGGCGAGCUGCCCAAAGAUCUGGCCGAAGCCCUCAACAUUAUAUUCCCAGCGGAUAGACCAGAGGAAGAUGCCGCCGAUGAUAACAGUCAAGUACCUGUGGUGCCGCAGACAAUCACCACCAUUGUGAACGAUGAACCGGUGCUGGACGAACAAAAUCUGCAUUAUCUGGCCAGGCAGGGCAUACAUAUGGUGACCAUUGAAGAGACCACAUCAAGCUCAAUGCCAGCUUCUGUGCACGAGGAUACCUCCAAGUCAGUGGACUCGCCCAUGCCGAUCAGUGGCGAUGAGGUGUCUCAGGGCGCCUAUUCCCAGCUGGCCAAUGGUAAUUCGGAUAAUUCCGUGUCGCACACAAACAGCGUGAAACAGAUGGCAGCACAGGACAUCCCAAUGCCCUGUUCUCCGCCAGCAGAGUUGCCUGGCGACGCUGUCGAGAUCAAAUCAAAGACCAGUGAAGUGCUAUUGGAUGUGGCCGAUAUACCACAACCGCCUGCUUCACCCACAGACAGCGAGAAGCUGCGACGUCAGGCAGAGCUGGACGAGCUGGCCAUGCUGGGCAUUGACACCAAUGACAUGGCCGCACAAUAUGCGUUGUAAGCUGCGAUUUGACAUCAGAAGCUGGGUGGAUGAAGGAUCAUUGCGGCUGCAGUUUGGGUGGCGCGUCCACAAAAUUUCAUUCACUUUUUUAUUAGUUUUACUUUAUGCCUAUGUAUGAUUGUGUUUAUGUGACGAAAUGUUCUUAAUAAAUGCACAUAUAUGUAUGUAAUAUAUGUAUGAUGAGACCACACAA